AUGCUCAAAUAUUCAAAUGACUUCCAAUUAGCAGAAGGAUUAAAUCAACUAUGGUACAAAGAUAAUACAACAGAUGCGAAUUUGACUACUAAUGUCGGAUUUGCAACAAGACAAUCUUACAUUAUUCAGAAACCGAAUGAUAAAGGUACAUUUUCAUUUAUUAUACCUUUAAAGCAUGUUUUUGGAUUCUGCGAUGAUUAUACUAAGGUACUUUACAGAUUUAAAUAUACAUUGGCUCUACAAAGAAAAAAUGAUAAUAAUGCUAUUUUUAGAUCUGCUGCAGCAGCUGCAGGAAAAGUAAAUCUUACAAAAGUAUCAUUAUGGAUGCCUUAUAUCACACCAUCAGAUACAGAGAGACUUAAUCUUAAUAGUGUUAUUAGAGAAAAAGUAACAAUUCCAGUAGCUUUUUAUUCUAGAUCGUGUGAAACUACAACUCCCCAACAAACAUCUAAAUUGACUUGGAAACGUGGUGUUAAGAGUGAUGAAAAACCUAGAUAUAUUAUCGUAGGAUUCCAAACAAAUAGAAAUAAUGAUCAAACACAAAAUAAUUUAAUAUUCGAUCAUUGUAACUUGACAAAUAUGCAAGUCAUGAUUAAUAAUGUAAGAUUUCCUGAAGCUGAUUAUGAACUAUCAUUUCCAAAUCAACAAUUUUCAAGAGCUUAUAGAGAUGCAUCUACUUUUAAAAAAAAAAAAUUGUAA